ACCUACUACUUACUUCCCAUCUUCCCUUGUACGCGACAAACAUCCAUCUUUCCGAAAACAAUCCCAAACAUCAUCUGACAAUUCUCCGUGCAUCACUGAUUCAUACUGUGGCUUGCUUAAGACAAACUCAAGCUACCAACAUCAAAGCUUUGCAGCCCCCACUCCCUCCUGUCAAUUUUUUCUCUCUCUCUUCAUUAUGUCCUCGCCCGAGCGUCGAACUGCUGGAGUCAAGCGACCUCGCACUCAGUCUCUUCCUCCUCCCUCGCUUCCUCAGCUGGUUGCCGAGCAGAGCACCCCCAUCCCUCCUACGGACAAGGACUCUCAGCGUCUGAUUGUUGUCUUGUCCAAUGCCAGUCUUGAGACCUACAAGGCGUCUCACGGCGGUACCAGCCGCAAUCGUGAGGACAAGUAUUCACUGCUCAACAGCGAUGAGCACAUUGGUGUCAUGCGUAAGAUGAAUCGGGACAUUAGCGAUGCGCGUCCCGACAUCACCCAUCAGUGUCUGCUCACCCUCCUGGAUUCCCCCAUCAACAAGGCUGGCAAGCUCCAGAUCUACAUUCAUACCGCCAAGGGUGUCCUGAUUGAGGUCUCUCCCUCAGUCCGCAUUCCCCGAACUUUCAAGCGAUUUGCCGGUCUAAUGGUGCAGCUUCUGCACCGCCUGUCUAUUCGCUCCACCAAUUCCAACGAGAAACUGCUCCGCGUGAUUCAGAACCCCAUCACCGACCAUCUGCCGCCCAACUGUCGCAAAGUCACGCUGAGUUUCGAUGCGCCACUGGUCAAGGUCCGUGAGUAUGUCGAAUCCGUGAAUUCCAAGGACAGCAUCUGCGUUUUUGUCGGUGCUAUGGCCAAGGGUGAGGAUAACUUCGCCGACUCUCUUGUGGAUGAGAAGAUUUCCAUCAGCAACUUCUCUCUGUCUGCCAGUGUUGCUUGCAGCAAGUUCUGCCACGCUGCUGAAGAUGUUUGGGACAUCAUGUAACGCCCACCCAUCCUAAGUGACGUCGGCAAGUGACCGAAGCUGCGAUAAACGCCAAACGCCGGCUCGCCCAACGAUGAUACAACAUCGUCGCUGGGUGCAAGACGGUUCGGUGCUAACUUGGAAUGCCUGGGGUGUUCGCUGUCGCUUGUUUUUGCAACCAAAACAUAGGGCGUUCAACAUCGGGUCCAAGACGUGAAUGUCGUCUUGAUGGGUCUCUUCAACCUGACCCACACUUUCCUCUUUGUUCUUUCUUUUCUGUUGCUCAGCGAGUCUGCUCUGUUUUGCCCCUUAGCAUUUGAGGGCUACCUUGCCCGACUUUGUCACAAAUUAGACAUGCUCACGCCUGGUCCUGCCGAUCUAACCAAGCAGCAUCUGCUGAAAAGGAUACCAUCAUAGGUCAUGUUUGAAACGAGUUGGAGGGAGAGCAUGCCGAGACUUAGUACUCCUGGUGAUCAGGGUACUUCAAUUAUGGCCAGGUCAUGAUGGGUACCUUGAUUCAUGACUAAACAAUUCUCCGCAACGCCAUCGUCGACGGACAGACAAGUCGCUCGACAGUUCAAGAGCAAUCAAUAUGUAUUGUGAUAGAAGAUAAUGGGAUAUAAAGUAUUCCACAAAGGGUAGCGAAUAAGUGAACAUGCGUGUGUCAACAAAUAAACAUCAAACAAGCUC